ACCGCGCGCUCAACGCUGAUGCCAGCGCCGCUGCCGUUGUCGCUCGUAAUCACAGUUUCCUUAACAGUUUCGCUAAGACUAUAUCAUUAGCAUUAUUACUAAGUCGUUUUAGUCCGAGUGUAGAACAACAUUAGUGCCGUAGUCGUCCGUCGGUACUUUUUGUUGCAUUUUAUUGUGUGUGUGUGUUGUGAUACGCCAAUCGCACCGCCUAAGAAUGUACGUUGCGAGACUCACCGCUGAUUAGUCGACUACUACAACUGACAGUUAACUGUUGACACACUUCGGCUUACGGUCGUCCACGGUUCUACAUUGCUACGUCUGCUGCUGCUGGGGACACGAAAAUACAAACACAACAAAUAUAUCGGGGUAAAUAAGCGUUGAAGAAAUUAAAAUUAUCCUGAUAAGAGUGAAAGCGCGCACAGACAUACAUACAUACAUGUACAUGUAGCGGCAGCUAGCUUUGCAAGUGCAUCCCUGCUGCGCGUAUUGAAAACAAAAUUAAUUUAUUUGAACUUCAAUUUUUUUUUGUUGUUGCUUGGAAUAUGACAUCCGGACUUUUCCGACUUUUCAAGUGCAUUUUAGCUUUUAACUAAAACGCGGAACAGUAAAAAAAAUUAAAAGCAAAUUUAAAAAAUUAAAGAAAACAAAUUUUGAAAUUCAAGAAAAAUUUAUUUUUAAAAAAAUUUUUGUUAAAAACCUUACAAGAAAAAAUUAAAUAAAAGGCGAAACAGUAAAAACAAGUUAUGAAAAAAAUUUUAUUAAAAAAAAAACAUUAUAAAUAAAAAAAUUUUUGUAAAAAAAGUUAAAAAAUUACAAAUAAAAAAGUUUUUGUAAAAAAAACAUUUUAAAAAUAUAUUUAUGUACUUAUGUAUAUAUAUAUACAUAUAAUAACUUACAAUAUCCCCACGUGCCUCAGAUGUGCAUUAUGACAAUUCGAAUUCGCGCACACGAGGAAAAGCUUUAAGGUGCGAUCUGUUGAGUAUUCUAUGCAAAUCUUCGCGCCAAGUGUGCAUUGUUGUGUACUUAGUGCAAGCCAAAAGUGACUGUCAAGGCAAGGCAAGGCAAUAUUUUGUUUUUCGGUAAAUAUUUAAUAUUUGUGUUUAGCUAAUUUGUGUGCGGCAAAAGUAACGAACAAAAAUAAACAGAAAAAAAUUACACAUACGUAUGUACAUAUUUAUAUAUAAAUACAUACAUACACACACUCAUCGAUACGCCAGAUUUGUUUGCUAAGCUAUUUGUUUUCGCCUUUGACGCGCGUUGCAUGCCUUUUAACAACUGCCUGGCGUAUACAACAAGUGCCUAGAAAGUGUCAACUGCAUGCAGCUAAGUUACUAGGGGAUAUGUUAAAAAUGAAGACAGAAGUGCUAUCGGGUAGCAGCUUUGAUGAUUCCUAUAUAUUUGAGGAUAAUCUGCUGCGCAUGAUCGAUGCCGAAGGACACAUGAUGCAUGGCAUUGAACCGGCGCUUUCCGCGCUCAGCAGCGCUUCCGCACACAGUCCGGGCGGCAGUCAAGCGCUAAGUCCGGCGCUCAGUCUAAGCGGCGGUAAUAGUAAUAGCAAUGGCAAUUUAUCGACUAGUGGCAAUAAUACUGUAACUAUUAACAAUAACAACAACUCAUACGCGCAAAACAACAACUCACAGUCGGCAACGGUUUGUGCAAUAUGUGGCGAUCGCGCCACCGGCAAACAUUACGGUGCUUCCAGUUGUGAUGGCUGCAAAGGAUUCUUUCGGCGCAGCGUGCGCAAGAAUCAUCAAUAUACCUGCAGAUUCUCACGUAACUGCGUUGUGGACAAAGACAAACGCAAUCAGUGUCGCUAUUGCCGCUUGCGUAAGUGCUUUAAGGCGGGCAUGAAGAAGGAGGCAGUGCAAAAUGAACGCGAUCGCAUUAGUUGUCGUCGCACCUCAAAUGAAGAUCCCGAUCCCGGUAAUGGCUUGUCCGUUAUAUCGCUGGUUAAGGCAGAGAUUGAGAGUCGUCAGUCGAAAGCGGGUGCUGCAAUGGAGACCAAUCCGAAUGAAGAUCUAUCGAACAAGCAAUUCGCCAGCAUCAACGAUGUGUGUGAGUCAAUGAAACAACAGCUGUUGACGCUGGUCGAGUGGGCCAAGCACAUACCAGCCUUUAAUGAUCUGCAGCUGGACGAUCAGGUGGCAUUAUUACGCGCACACGCCGGCGAACAUCUGUUGUUGGGGCUGUCGCGACGCUCCAUGCAUCUGAAAGAUGUGCUGCUGUUGGGCAACAAUUGUGUCAUCACCAAACAUUGUCCAGAUGCGCGCUUGUCGCCGAACUUGGAUAUAUCGCGCAUUGGCGCCAGAAUCAUAGAUGAGCUCGUUUUUGCGCUGCGCGAUGUAAAUAUUGACGAUACCGAAUUGGCAUGCAUCAAGGCGCUGGUGUUCUUCGAUCCGAACGCCAAAGAUCUCAAGGAGCCGCAACGCGUCAAGACGUUGCGCCACCAAAUACUAAACAAUCUGGAAGAUUAUGUGUCGGACCGACAGUAUGAGUCACGCGGUCGUUUUGGCGAAAUACUCUUAAUACUGCCCGUAUUGCAGUCCAUCACCUGGCAGAUGAUUGAGCAAAUACAAUUUGCGAAAAUUUUCGGUGUCGCCCACAUUGACUCGCUGCUGCAGGAAAUGCUACUUGGAGGUGAACUGGCCGACAACUCACCACUCUCGCCGCCAAGCUUGAACAAUUACAGUCCAACACGCAACAUGGACGGCAGUCAUGUGUCGUCAACAUUGGACGUGCUCACCUCACCCACAAGCGCUGAUCAUUUGAGCGCGUGCAUGGAUAGCAACAGUUUGGAUGCACAAAUGAUGUCGCCAUUACUGGAGAAUAUUGGCUCACCGCCGCCACAAUAUAAUCAGUUGCGCCCAUACCAGACACAGCGUCCACAACAGCAGCAGCAACAACAAACAGUCAACAACAACACAGGUACAGCAUUACACACACGCGCCAUGCAUUCACCACACCUCACUGACGCCGAUGCCAACAAUGUCGAUAUGGUUAACGGUGCCGGCAACUCAUGCAUGGACGAGAAUAGCAUGUACAACACCAACACUGUUAUGCGUCCACUAUCCACGAGCAGCGCACACAAUUUGCCACAUAUGUCAUCGCCGAAUAUGCAACAGCAUUCGCAUGCGGCAUCCUCACCAAUGCAGCAUUCACCGCCGUUGCAUCGCAAUCAUCCCUACCAAAGACCGGAGCAGUUGAGUGCCGCUCAACAUAAUAACGGCGGCGUUGCGCAGCAACUACGCAAUCCGGCUGAGAUGACGUUGAAUGAAUACAAUAGCGGCAGCGCUGAGGAGAUGUUGCGUCGCGCGCCAAUCAAAAUACGUGGACCCGAUGCGCUGAGCAGCGGCGCUGGCGGUGCUUAUAUGAUGGGUGGUGGGCUGCAUGAUGCGGAGAGCGCGUAUCGCAUGACAUUGAAGCAGGAACCGGAAACGGGUUAUUGAAAAGCGUUUGGGUUGCACGUAGAGAAACUAUGUUAAAGCUCUCUAAUUAGCGUUGCCAACUAUAAAGUCAUAUAUUAUUAUAGCAAAAAAAAAAAAAAACAGUUAGCAAAUAAGCGCGUUUAGUUGAGGAAGUGCAACUAUUCACUGAAAUGUCCGUAGAGACGUCUCAAGUUUGAUGCCAAAUUUGUUUUGCCGCCAAUUUAACGUUACUUUAAGUCAGGUUACUUGAAGUCGCGUUCAACUGCGCCAACUGGCUAAUUGUUGAGCGCGUAAUUUAGCAAUAAAUAUAUUUUUUAUGCUUAGUCAUAGUGUUACAUGGACUUCCAUACAUAUAUAUAUAUAUAUAUAUAUAUACCACAAACAAACCUAUAACAACUUAUACGUAACGUAUAUAUUUUUGCAAUUUAAUAAAUUUAAAAUAUAUAUAUAAACAUAUAUAUUAUAAUGGUAGAGUGUUUUUUCAUGCAAAUUUAAAUUGUAUACGUUUACAAUAAUUCUUGUUGCAAUCUUUGUUGCCUUUAACAGUUAAGUAGUUAGGUUUUAUGGAAAUUUUGUUGUUAUGAAAACUUGUUACAAAAAAAAAAAAAAAAUCAUCAUACAUUCACUUUAAUAGGGGUUAAAUAGGUAAAAUUUGUAUAAUCACAGUGGAGUAUUUGUUGGACUAUUUUAUUUGAUUUUUAUUCCUAUAAAUAGGUUAAGGUGAAAAUUGAAAUAAGCAUUUACAUGAAAUAUUUUUUACAA